CACCAUAAAGAAGAAAACCGGAAGUAUAUUCUACCAAUCGUCAAGCCGGAAUUGAACAACGCGGAAUUAACAAAGUUUGUUUUAGUAACAGAACAAUCGGUUUCAAGAAAAACAGUGAUUUAUUGAUCCUUGUAAAUUGAUUUCUACUAUGUGACUUUAUUGCGUACUUCACUGAACAACACACAGAAUGGUAAAUUACCUUCUGUCAGUGUUGAUUAAGCCAGGUAAAGGUAAAACUAAGUGAGACAUGAAUGGACGCUCGUCACGCAAUGCAGCAAUGCGCUGAUUGGAACUGUUAUGUUGAUGUACUUGAAUGCUGAAAAUCUAAAAUGUUUUGUGAUGAAACUGAACUAACUAUUAUAGACUUGAAGAGGUUUACUGGACAUAAAGAUGAGGUGAACUGUGUGGCAUUCUCGCCAGACUUCCAGAUCGCUGUCACUGGUUCUGACGACAACAAGGUUCGUGUCUUCAAUGCACACACAACGGAACUCGUCUGUGCCCUCAGUGGACAUACAGGUGCUGUGAAAUGUGUGGCCAUGUCCCCAGACAGCAAGUAUUUUGCCAGUGGAUCGUUUGAUAACCAAGUCAUAGUGUGGAAGACCAGUAGUGGACGGCGGCUUUAUCAAUUGCAGGGUCACAAAAAGAGCGUUGAGGUGGUAGUGUUUUCUCCUGACAGUAAUUUUAUGUGUUCUGGUUCCUGGGACCGAACAGCAAUACUGUGGGAUAUAAAGAAUGGACAUUCCCUGAGGGUCUUUAAGGGUCAUACUACACUUGUGCAAGCUGUAGCCUUCUCUCACGAUGGAAAGAUGCUGGCAACAGCUUCAUGGGAUUUCACCAUCCGAUUGUGGCCACUGGACAGUCUUAGAUUACGCAGCUCAAAGGUUCUGAAAGGUCACAAGGGGAACGUACACGCUGUUGCCUUCUCUAAAGAUGGAAUACUGGCAACAGGGUCUUGGGACAAGACGGUUAGGAUGUGGAACCCGAAGUCGGGGUUAUGCCUGCACGUGUGCGACGGCCAUGUUGGCUGGGUGCAGGCCGUCGCGUUUUCACCCGAUGGAACAUAUCUAGCCAGCGCCUGUGAUGAUCAAACGGUUCGAAUCUGGGAUGUCGUCGAUGGAAAAUGUGCCAAAAUUCUGGAUUGUCAGACGGACACCGCUCAGCACUGUGCCUUCACUGCUAAUGCUACGCUGGUGGUUUCUGGAGCAGCAUUCAUGGGUCACCGGUAACGGGACUUCACCCGUUCAUGGUUCAUUCACCGACGUUCUGUUUCCAUCGAUAAACACACAGGCGUGGUUAACUAUUCUCACUGUUUUCACAAACUCAAAAAUGUCACUCUCAGUCACAUUCGUACUGUGAUAUCAAAGCAAGUUAAAUGUCCGAGCAUCAUUUUCCUGAGUUUUUAACCCUGUUAUAGUGAACAGUCACAUUAACCCUGAGUUUUACCCUGUUAUAGUGAACAGUUGCAUUAACACGGAGUUUUACCCUGUUAUAGUGAACAGUCGCAUUAACACUUGAGAUUUACCCUGUUAUAGUGAACAGUCACAUUAACACUGAGUUUUACCCUGUUGUAGUGAACAGCCACAUUAACAUGGAGAUUUACCCUGUUAUAGUGAACAGUCACGUUAACAAUAUGUUUCUUGUGUUUCAUAUUCAGAAUAGGAUGUUGUUUGUCUGGAAUAGGUGGCUAUGUUAAGCACCUUUAAAAAAAAAAAAAAAAACCCCCCCACCAAUGGAAUUAAUGUGAAAUGAAGUCGAGAGUAUUUUAUUGUGAAAAAAAAAUUGAUGGUGCAGAUGAACGUUGCUGGUUGCCAGCUUAUUUUAGUACGGUAAUCUGUAUUUUUUUAAUUCUAGUCUCGGAGCCAGUUGUUUAAAUGUUAGUUUAACCAGUGGUAAAACAAACAAAAAAUAUGUUAAAAAUAGGUAUUAAAUUAACACAGAUCACAGUUGAAGAGAUGUGUUGAAGUCUAUUAAUGAAAACCUUCAGUAUUAACCCACAAUGUAAUCUUGGUUUUUAAAAUUUUUAUUCUAUUUUGUUUUCAAAUGUUAUCAUGAUAUCCCAAGGUUUGCUUAAUUAAUCAUGCUUUGGAACAGUGUGGUUCAAAUAUUAUAUUAAAAUAUAAUAUAAUUGAA